UCUGCCAGGCUAAAUGAGCAACAGCUCCUGUGGAGACUGCAGACAGGACACAUCUUAAGUCCUCUGAUCCCGCGGCGAUCGGGGAUGCGCAUUGCCGACCUUGGGACCGGAACAGGGCAUGUUGAUCCUCUGACCCCUCUGAACCUCAGUCACGAGCUGGACACGGCUGAGAUCUGUGGCUAUGAUAUUUCCGACCUCUCCUACCCGCCCUCAGCUACACUUCCGACGAAUGUGAAACUGGGCAAGUUGGACGCACUAUCCGAUCUACCGGGGGAGUAUCGGGGUGCGUUCGACGUCGUGCAUCUGCGGCUGUGGAUCUGUGUGAUUAGAGACAACUGCCCGGAUAAGUUGGUUGAGCUGAUGGAGAUGCAAGAGCCCGGCGGAUACAUCCAGUGGGAGAAGAUCGGACGGGAUACCAGCUUGGUGACAUCCAGCCCCAUGCAGCGCUUAGAAAGCCUCUAUAGCAGACAGCUGGAGAGGGAGAGAAUCGAUCCGAGCUGGGUAGGCCGGCUGCCUGACAUCUUCAGGGACAAGGGCUUCGACGUCCUGCAAGAUAAACUUGGCCUGUGGGACAGAACCGUGCGCGGGCUGUAUUAUGCAAACUAUCUUAUCGUCGUAAUGAGCGUCAUGCGGUCGAGAUAUGGGGACAGCAAGGAAAAGUCAACCGAUCUGGAAUCAAUUGCGAGGGAGCUGUUUGACCAGCGGGAUGUUGACCAUGGGUUCGCUUGGAGACCGAUCGAGUUGGUUGCUCAAAAAGCUAAAAGAGCCUAG